ACUCCAUUCUGUCUCUUCGGAACACCACUUGAUUUCUAGAUAAGGCUGAAGUCGAAUUUGUUGUGCUUUCAUCAGUAAAAACACAUAUUUUUACAUUCAUUUUGACAGAUGCUUACGGCUUGAUUGCUUUACAUAUACAGCUCUCACAAACAUGUUCUCAUUUCAUGUUCAAUUCAGUUUAGUAGCACCAUUUAAUACAAAAACGAAAACCCUUUGUUUAGCAGAAGACACAAUAUGACUACAUUUCCCAUGCUACCCUCUGAGUGACUAUGAUGUCACAAUGAAUAUAUAUGGCUACACUGUAGCAUUCAUACAUUGUUACAUUGUAACAAACCGGGGCAGCUGGAGGGAGACGGGGGGCUGCAAUCCGCAUAAGUCUGGAAGCAUUUUUUUUCUGGUUGCAACGCAUUUCACAAAAAUACAACAAAGAAAAAAGAAGAAUAUUCGUCGAUCCAUACGGAAAUUUAAUAUAACGCAUAAGAAGAUUAAGACCGCCCUGAUCACAAAGACCAAACGAAGAGAACAGGGUGCAGCGGAUUGUUUCAUACCCUACAAACAUUUAAGGAUUCGGGGAAGGAGAACAAAAUCACCAAACACUCUCCCUUAUUUUAAGUUAUUGGGUCAAGAAAAAUAUAAAUAAAACCUUUAACAGCUGUCUGAAGUCCUCCCCUCUCUCUGCUUGCCCCGGGUUGUUCUAUUUAUUUAAACCAUUGCUCACACAACAAAUAGCUUUCCUAGAAAACGAAGCCAGCUCGUUUUCGCGUUGUAUUUAAAGAAUGUUACAGUACGCAAUUUAAGCAUAGAAGAGGAAACAAAUAGUAAAAUAAAGUUUUAUAUACCAAUGAUUAGGUUUUCUGCACUCGUCGAAAUUUACAAACGGAAAGCUUUCAUUCACAAGCGGAAUAGUGCCUUGAGUUUGCUGGCGGACGGAAAGAACUACCCUGCCUGCAGUAGCUAAAACGCAAUAAGAAGAUAAAAUCAUAAAGAAAGAAAAAAAAAAAAAAAAAGGUUUACAUUUCAGAACUAACGUUUUGAGCGACGGGUUUCAGAGGAAAGACGGUUCUCCAUUUCUCACAGCGCCCCGAGCUCGCUUCUGCUCUGGAGGAAAGCGCAGUCGGUGCAGCCAGACUGCAGGUGCCCAGUGAACUGCAGGAGGCGCUGUUGCACGGCCGUGGGACCCCAUGGAGGCGUGUUCGGUGCUCAGUCUGAAACGCAGAUUCGAGGAGGUGGACAGCGGCUCGCCCUACUCCACGCCCAAAGACUCGGACGAUGACAUCUUGAGCAGCGACAGCGUCGACAGCUGCGACAGCCUCAACCCUCCGUCCUCCACCUCGCUCACACCUCCCUCCAUCCUGCGGCAGCGGCGGCCCCCGCCAGGCCGUAAGAGCGUGCGCUUCGACGCCGUCACCGUGUACUACUUCUCGCGGCGGCAGGGCUUCAACAGCGUGCCCAGCCAGGGGGGCAGCUCCCUGGGCAUGGCCCAGCGGCACAGCGCCAUCCGCCGCUACACCCUGGGGGAGUUCGCCCGCGAGCAGCGCACCACCCACCGCCAGGUCCUGCGCCAGCACCUGCGCCAGGAGAAGCUCAAAGCCCGCAAGAUGAAGCUGACGCAGAACGGCGCGGUGGAGUGUGCCGAGGCGGAGACGCUGACCCUGGAGGACGUGUCGGACGAGGACCUGGACGUGGAGGGCGUGGAGGUGGACGACUGCUUCUUCCUGCAGCCGCUGCCCACCAAGCGGCGCCGCGCCCUGCUGCGCGCCUCGGGCAUCACCCGCAUCGACGGCGGCGAGAAGAGCGAGCUGCGCGCCAUCCGCCUGUCCCGCGAGGAGUGCGGCUGCGACUGCCGCUUCUACUGCGACCCGCGCCGCUGCGGCUGCAGCCAGGCCGGCAUCAAGUGCCAGGUGGACCGCGUGUCUUUCCCCUGCGGUUGCUCUCGGGACGGCUGUGGCAACGCUGCGGGCCGCAUCGAGUUCAACCCCCUGCGCGUGCGGACGCACUACCUGCACACCAUCAUGAAGCUGGACCUGGAGAAGAAGCGGCAGAUGGGAGUCGGAGUUUGCGAAGGGCUGGAGGCGGCCGAGGCCGUGUGCUCCAUCACCCCGGCCUCCGAAGCCCCCGCUCACUUUGGCGUGGAAAUUGAGGUGCACUCCCAGACCGUGCCAGCAGAGGGCGCAGACGGGGACCCGGACUACAUUUCCCAGGGAGACAGCCUGGCGCUGGAGAACGAGGCGGCCGUGCUGCACCUGCAGAGCGCAGAGGAGAGGGAGAGGCGGAGGGAGCAGGAGGAAGAGGAGGCUAGCGGAGGGGCGGGGGGACUGGCUGACUCCGGGCUUUGCCUCCUGCCCGAGUCCCUGCAGGGCGAGGUGGCCGGGGAGCAGGGGGCGGAGCCUAUCGUCAUCCAGGGCCCCUUCCCUCCCGGCACAUCUGUGCUGUGCAUAGCUGAGGGCCAGGAGGGCCCCGAUCCCCAGGCUUUCCUAAAGGACCCUGCCUCCCUGCUCUUCUACCACAUUGGCUCGGUGCAGCCGGAGCCCACCGUACUGCCGCAGCCGGGAGAACAGGUGGGGGGCGGAGCCGAGGAGGACCAGGAGGAGGGGCCAGAGGGGGAGACCUCUCCGGAGAAUUCCCAGGACUCCUUGCCCGCAGUGGUCCUCUGCUCAGAAAACUACACUGAAACUGAAGAUGGGCCCCUCCUACAGGAGGGGUCCUUUCAAAGACUGAAUGGGCUGCCCCAAGAAAAUGCCCGAGUGGCCUUUGAAGGAGAAGUAAGCACGCUGCCUCUUGAGGCUCUGGGUCCUUAAAUUUUGCAGAUGUUUUGCACAUUAACUGUUAAAGCUUGUUGCCUAUAUUAGUAUAAAUUAUUAUUAUUAUUAUUAUUAUUAUUAUUAUUAACUACUUUAAGGGUGGGUUAAUAGAGAUGAGCAUGUGCUAUGAAUGACAGAGCCAGACAGACAGGUGGUGAUUACUCAGUCUGUGGUCUGUCUAAUCGGGCUGUGGUGGUGGAACAUGCCGCAGAGACUAGCAGCUCUAGGGUUAAUGAAAACAAGUUGCAGGUUUUCACAGUGGCCCCCAUGCAUAGCUCAGCAGUCAGUGGAGUACAUCGCCUGUGUUUCAGUGGGGAUUCCAAUCUUACCUCAUUCUGUGGCAAUCAUCAAUCCACGUCUCUGUGCACUAGAUGUUGGUUGUUGUGUCGGGUUAGUGUGCUUUUAAAAAGACUCGAUGUGUACGCUGUGAGAGGGCGCUUGGGGAAGUCUCAAGCCACUGAUGAAUCCCUAUUUCAGACCUGCCGAUCCUGGGAAUACUUGGCAAAGAUCUGAUGUACUGUACGGAGUUUGGGAGUUUGGGAGUGUUUUCCGAACCAGUGUUAAAAACCGCUGUAAGGUUGCGGAGAAGAUGCAGACUAAAUAUGUUUGCAGGUUUGCACAGUCCUUAUUUUAAUUUGCGAUGAUAAUUGUCGAAGUACCGUGUCCUUAAUUUUAUUUCUAGUUUCAUUCAUAAAACCGCACAUCAAUCAUUAUUCCAUGUUAUUCCAAGUGUUUUAUAUCACAAUGCAAAAUGUACUAUUGUAAAAUGAAGUUGUAUUAAUACAGUAUGAGCUGUAUUGUAUUAAAUAAUCAUAUUUACCUUUUU